AUGGCUACUCUCCGCCUCCAGGGAUUCCAGUCCGUCCUCCGCGGAAGGUCCCACAUCCUACGCAACCAGCAGCGUCGCUGGGCACAGGUGCAUGAUGUUCGGUUCCUAGCCUCUCACCAUGACCCGAAGCAUGUGCUGGACAAGUAUCGUGCCAAGCUGGACCAGAAGGCCAAGCAAGAGGGCCAUGACUCCAUUGAUUCCCUGAAGGAGGCUUAUGGCGAGAAGAUCCAAGACCUUCGUCGCCAAGCAUCCACCGCCGCGACUCCAGAGCCAGACGCCCCUACCUCCAUACCCAAGUCGACUGUUUCAGGCACCGCGCCUGCUUUUGAUCCUCGGAAGAAUCCCUCGUCACCCGAAAAGGCCGCCCGUGAGGCGUCCGACAAGCACCCCAUCAAACCCCUCAGCACCUGGCUGGACGUCGAUAAGAUUCGCUCCCUUCCUGCGAAGGAAGUUGAGGCGCUCUGGCGCCUCCGACACGCCAACAACCCGACUGCCAUCUCUGCCGUGAUCCCGGUCGAAACCUACAAGCGCAUUGCCGAAGCCGCGCGCCACAACCCCCAAUUCAUUCUCCCGCUCCCUCGGCAAUCCGCCGAGGCUGACAUGCAAACACCUGAGGGCGAGCAGGCUCAGACCACCGCCGAUAUUCAUUUCUUGCAGUGGGCCUUUCACCCCCCGGCAAACGAUUUCGUCCCAACCUCGAAGGACACCAUGAACACUCAUACUUCUACCGUCAUCUUCACCCAUCUUGGCGCUUUCAAGAUGCAUGGUUCCUUCGCCCAGCCCCAUACGACGGUCACCCAUUACUUGGACCUGGCAGAUGAUAAGGGCCUGGUGCUGAUGCAUGGCCAGGUCGUGCCAGACCGAGGAGUGUCAACCACCGAGGCGACGUGGUUAGUGAGUGGCGUGCAGCGAUUCUACGACUUUGGAGGGCAGGCCAGUGGUCGGAAAGGCGAACUGGUGCGCAUGUUCACCCGGGGAGAUGUGGAGAAUUUCAAGGUUGAAGAGUUGAUGGAGGAGACGGAGAAAAUCCACUAA